AUGGGUCUCAUUACCCUGCCCCAGGAGCUUCUCGCCGAGGUCUUCUCGCUUGAUGAUGGCUUGUCCAGGCGAGAUCUCAAAUCACUUAGGCUCACCUGUCGUCAACUAUCUACUGAAGCCUCGCGCAUUCUUUUCUAUCAAAUCCGAGUUUCCCCUCUUCUUCAAGAUUUCCAGCACUUCUUCGAGUUUUCAAGGUCUCUUCUUGCCUGCCUAGUUCGAGUUCUCGUCUGGGAAGAGCUUGCGUUUGACUCUAUCGACUUCAGGUCUCAUCCUCUUCAGAUUCAGAGGAACCCAGAGCUUUAUGCUGAGGACGCGUGUUUACAGUUUCCCUUGAGAAUGCCAGAAACUUGA